AUGAACAUUCGACAAUUUCCGCUGAAGAACAACCUUGAAGAAGAGAUUGUGGACGAUAAACACCGACGAGUGAGACACGAACUCGAGCCUGGUGAUGUUAUCGAAGCAGCCCAUACGACCGCGCGCAUUGCUGGUGUAGAUUCAUAUCCUGGUUUACUGAUUUUCGGGCGGACACAUAUCUACAUGCUAGAUGGUCUAGUUCAAAACGAUGAUGGGGAGAUCAUAGAUGCUCGCGAUGCGUCGAAAAGGUUAUUCUUCGUUCCGGGAAGUAUAGUUGAGCUUAACGGUCCUCAGAGAGCACAGCGUUGGUGUCAUGACCAAGUCGUCAGCUUCAGCGAUCGUACAUUCUUAUUCCGCGAUGUUGGGUUGGAAAUAUACUUCAAGGACAGCCGGUCUUUAUUGGUAGUCUUUCUGGACAAACGUCAGCGUCAGGAUAUAAACGAUAGAUUAUCAUCCCUUGUCUAUCGAUUGAAUGCCGAACCGCCGCCGCCAUCUCCAGGGAUGUUGAAAUCGCCCUUAUUGUCUCCGAUGUUGUCCCCGAUGGUUGGCAGACUGAGUGGGAAGCUGAGCGCUUCUCUAAGUGCCAAGGUACUCUCUGGUCUUAGAAUUGAUGAACUGUCGACUGCCCAGAGGAAAUGGCAGGCGAGAGAAAUAUCAAAUUUCACGUAUCUCAGCAUUCUCAACCAAAUUUCGGGUCGAACACCCAGCGAUGCAACACAGUAUCCAGUCUUUCCCUGGGUAUUGCGUGAUUAUAGUUCGCCCUCGCUGGAUCUGCAUUCCAUCGACUCUUUUCGCGAUCUAACUCGCCCUAUGGGCGCCCUUACACCUGCCCGCGAAGAGGCCGCACGUACUCGAUAUAUUAACCUAGAAAGCGUUGGCGAGAAUCCUUUCCACUACGGCACCCAUUUCAGCUCCUCUAUGAUUGUUUGUCAUUUCCUCAUCAGGUUGGAGCCGUUCAGUCAUAUGUUUAGGACGUUGCAGGGUGGUGAUUGGGAUCUACCAGACAGACUUUUCAGUGACAUAGGACGGGCUUACGAGAGCGCUUCUACAGACGUACGGGGUGAUGUCCGCGAACUGAUACCGGAGUUCUACUGUCUACCUGAAUUCCUGGAGAAUUCUGCUCGCAUAAAUUUUGGGGUACAGCAAAAUACUGGCGAGCGCAUUGACGAUGUGAAGCUGCCUCUUUGGGCAAAGCGAGACCCGUUGUUGUUUAUUGAGCUAAAUCGUCAGGCGUUGGAAAGCGACUACGUCAGCGAACAUCUCCCUCAGUGGAUAGACUUGAUCUGGGGAUAUAAACAACGCGAUCAAGAUUCUCUGAACGCUUUUCAUCCGUUAAGUUAUGCCGGCUCCAUAGAUCUUGAUAGCAUAACUGAUGAUCUGGAACGUGAGGCCACGGUAGGAAUCAUACAUAACUUUGGACAGACACCCCGCAAGAUUUUUCAUACCCCUCAUCCGGAACGGAUGAUGCACGGAAAUUCUGCAUUGCCUAUAGGAACGUUGUAUGGCAUUGCAGAAGAUUACCUUCUUCUAUCGCAAAGUGCCAGGCCUAUGAAAGAUCUUGGUCCUCAACAACCCAUUCGAUCAUUGGAGUUUGACGCGAUAGGUCAACGCAUCGUCCCAUGCUCUAAUGGAACGCUGUGUGCACCGUCACACCCACAUGAACAAGUAGAAUGGCUUGGCGCGAGUGGCGAUCUAAACGUCUUGGUUGACCAAAAGGUUGUUCAAGUUUUAGAGUCCACUGCGUGCUCGUGCGCGGCGUUCGCAGAUUCAACUACGUUAGUCACAGGUUCGCACGACCAUAUGGUGCGACUGUGGAGGCUUCAGCGAGGAUCGAACUAUUCUCUGCACCGGCAUAAGGAGCCCCCAUUGAGCGCAGUUCUCACACACGUUAUGCGCGCGCAUACGGCGAGGGUGAUGUGUGUAACCGCGUCGAGGUCGUGGUCGAUCGUUGUUAGUGGUUCCGUGGAUUGCAGCGCCGUGGUAUGGGACUUGAACCGCGGCACUUAUGUCAGAACUAUUUGGCAUGGACCUGGGGACGACUAUGAGGUCUAUCUCGUGAGUAUAAAUGAAAGCACGGGCUACAUCGCUACAUGCUCUCGGAGCAAGCUGUGUCUUAACACAAUCAAUGGUCGAUUAAUUGCGACGUUAGAUCUCGUCUCUCCCGCAAUACCCCACACAUACCCUGCCAUUACUUCCAUGGCGUUCUUAGAGCGUGACUAUACACGCACUGGUGUGAUUGCGACUGGUGGGUCGGAUGGCACCAUCACAUUGAGGACAUGGAACACGGACAAAACUGAAGAGGGCCAAAGGGCACAAUGGAACUUCGUCACACUGAGAACGCUAAAAGUGAAGGGUCCAGAUGGUGAAGUGCAGGUUAGGGACGAGGCUUCUUGCGUCACGGCAUUGAAAUUCAUUGGGUAA